AUGAGUACACUAUUGUUAUGUCAUUCGGAGACUCGUAACAUGAGACAUGCUAUACGAUCGAAGGAUAUCCUCGUUUAUUAUGAUUACAGUACCGCAACCAUUGAAGAUAUUAAAGCAAAAAUCUGUGAAGCCUCACCGAUACGAAUCAAGAACUUCGGGCUUCAUAUUCAAAGCAAAAAACAUCGUUUAGCGUUAUGUGGCACUUCCAAUACGGUGAUCGAACCGUCAACGUUACGAGCAGAGAAUUCGGUAACACGUCGUUUCUUUCGUUGGUUGAUCAACGAACGUAUUGCGGACGGAGCGUUUCUGGAUUUUUUCCUGAUUGGAAAAGAAGCUGAAGCUGUGUCGAUAGUGAAUAUGAUUCAAGGAAUCACAAGGAAAAAGGUGGCUGUACGUUUUAUUCCACAAUUUGUUUCUGCCGAUAUUCCGCCACAUAAUAGACGUAUUGUCGACGUCUACUUCGAUGCAUCAAAAAUGAGAGCAAUGAGUGAAGAGCCUGGAAAUGAUGGUGCCGGGGAUCGACUGAUAUCCGCCUCAUUCCGUUACGAACGUAUACGAACUGUUGGAAAAGGCGCUUUCGGCUGUGCUGUUUUGUAUCGACGAAAAGAGGAUUCUUCGUUGGUUAUUAUUAAGGAGAUCAAUAUGUACGAUUUGGACAGUUCCCAAAGGCAGUUAGCACUUAAUGAGGUUCACCUACUUUCACGUAUUGAACACCCGAAUAUUAUUUCUUACUACGAUUCAUUCGAAGAAGACGGUAUUCUUAUGAUCGAAAUGGAAUUCGCGGAUGGAGGGACCCUCGCCCAGUACCUUACAAAGUGCCAAACAUUUAUACCAGAGGAUACGGUGACUGAUCUAAUGAUACAAAUGUUGUCCGCUGUAUCCUAUUUGCAUAAUAAUAGCGUGCUUCACAGAGAUUUGAAAACGGCGAAUGUUUUCCUGACAAAAGAUGGAUUUGUGAAAAUUGGCGAUUUUGGAAUUAGCAAAGUGAUGGGCACAGAAACACUAGCGCAAGGUGCUAAAACCGUUGUCGGUACACCGUACUACAUUAGUCCUGAAAUGUGUUCCGGUCGACCAUAUAACGAAAAAAGCGAUAUGUGGGCGUUAGGAUGUAUUCUCUAUGAAAUGACAUGUCUUCAAAAAGCUUUCGAAGGAGAGAAUCUACCAGCACUUGUGAAUAAAAUUAUGACGUGUAGUUACGCUCCUGUACGUGGUCCAUAUUCAUCGGAAAUUAAGCUAAUGGUUCGUGAAUUGUUACAAUUGGAACCGGAAGCGAGACCAUGUGCUUCGGAUGCGUUGCGGAUGCUUCGUCCACCGAUCUCUGCUCCAAAUGUAAUCUCUCAGUUAGCAAACCAUGCCACGAGUUCCACACUAUAUUCAUUGGAUCCAAGCACGAUUCAUCUACGACCUGUAGAUGAUUUGCCAAAGCGAAUUGCAAUAAAAAAGGUCGCUAUGAGCUCCUCUCAUACAAUGGUGCUCAGUUUUCAUAAUGAAGUUUUUGCAUGGGGAAGUAAUAAUCAUGGACAAUUGGGACUUGGUGAUAAGGUAGAUCGAACCACUCCACAAAAGCUGGAAACACUUAAAGGCAAGGAUGUUCAAUCGGUUGCGGUUGGAUUCGGUUUCAGUGUGAUCUGUUGCGAUCGUGGCACAAUCUUGACAAGCGGCGAUGCGAAACUGGUAGGAUUCGGUGGAAAGGACGAUAUCACUCGUCCAACACUUCUCGAUGAUUUGUUGAGAGUUCAUGUUUCCGAGCUGGUUUGUGGUGUUGAACAUUGUUUGGCGACCACUGAGGAUGGUGAGGUUUACGUUUGGGGAAAUGGUGAGGAUGGUCGUCUUGGAACAGGCAAGACCGAUUGGAUCAACACUCCGACACAAAUUUCUACGUUGAACGGUAUUCGAGUGACGAGCUGUCGAGCCGGCGUCAAUGCAUCAGCGCUUCUGACCGAAGAGGGCCAACUGUUAGCCAUGGGCAAUAAUCAGUUUAAUAAACUUAACCUCGCUAGUCGACAAGGUUUCUUCACUCGUGAACGAAAUGAAGUAUUCGACAAUAUAUUAUUGCCAACAAUACUCAAAACAUUCCCAGCUAGAGUUAUUGAUGUUUAUCUUGGUGAAUUUCAUAGUGGAGUGUUAUUGGAAUCGGGCCAAGUGUUUUUCUUCGGUCGUAAUUCCAAUUACGAACUUGGUUUCGGACAUUCACAAGCGGUACCGUUUGGUGCGUUGCGUCCGGUAAAAACUCUCCUUACAAAAGCGUGCUCGAAACUUGCCUGUGGCGAUGGUUACUCUCUUGUCGGGACCACAGAGAAUGAGCUCUUUUUCUGGGGCUCCAAGAACUCACAACGAAAUGGAAGCGGGAAAGCAGAUUGGCAAGGAUCCGAAUCAAAAUGCGAUGAAUCUACACGUUCAAGUUUAUCUCGGUGGGGUACGAAGAAGAAGUGUCGAGAUGCGGAUCCUAGCGGUGAUGAUGUCAUUCCACUUCCUUCUCUCAUACUCAGACUAGACAGUGGAGAUUCGGAAAAGGAGAUUCGUCUCGGAAGUAUCACUUUGUGUGGAAGUUCCGCUUAUGUCGUAGUGGAUACCUGUGAAGGACCAUCCGCGUCGCGAUCCACCUGUUUACGCUCUGGUUCCGCACCGCCGGUUAUUGGAGAGAGUGAAGAGGUGAACACGUGGUUGAAGAACGAAUUUGAACAAGCCGAAGUGAUCCCUAUGAAUGAAUCACAGAGACGAGAACAGCGAUCUCGAUCCUAUACAAAUCCAACUGAUACAGCGAAACUACAAGCUAGCACUGAUUCAGCGCUGAUGAGAGAGAUCGAAUCCCUAAAACAGCAGAUCAAGGAUCAAUCCAGUACAUUCGAAGGUCAUCAAGCACAAAUGGCUAAGCUCCAGGAAAAGCUCACCGAAUUACAAACUCGUCAAGCAUUUCUUCGAAAAAAAACACAAUUAGCUGGAUCCUUAGGGCAGCGAAUGUCCGCCUCACCACCACAAUCAAUCGAACCGUUAUCGAACAGUCAGUUGAUCUUCCUGAACACAGUCACUAAUGUACAACAACCUGGUAUUGCCGCUUCGCCUGAUCUCGUCAUAGGACCAAAUCAGUCCCCAAGGAUAACUCAUCAAAAUCUUCGUGAGCUGGAUUGGACGAGAAUUGACCGGAGGAGUGAAGAAGGUUGGUGGCACUUGUAUCCAUUUGGUGAGCGCUAUUUUGACGACGAACUAUCGCAUCGACCAUGGAUGGAUAAACAAAUUGACCUGGAUUUUUUUCUACCCUAUUACGGAUUCCGAUUCAACUACACAUUUAUUUUCCAAGAAGGUUUCAUUGCUUUCUCUCAUCCAUGGUACGUACAACCACCAUAUUCUUUUCCAAAUCCUCAUUGGCCAAGCAAACCAGAUCCUAGUCUCAUAGCUGUAUUUAUGGCUGAACAACAAAUGCAACAUGUGGGAGAUCAACGGAUCAGUAACGUUUGGUUUCGAGUGAUAGAGAGGCCCUCGAAUCUUAUCGGAUACAACAAUUUACAAGUUGAUUUCGAUGAGAAUAGUCCAGAACCGAGCAUACGGCAACCACUUGGGGUCUACAGCUACGAAGAUCCUCGGUUCUAUCGUACCUACCGUGGAAGACAACUGAAAACGCAACAAGGGCGAUUGGAAGAUCCAGAAAUGCUGGAUAGAAUUACAAGGGAUAUCCGUAACUCGAUGGUUGGAGCUCGAGGAUGGAAAGCGGACUAUGCCUUAGUGGUCACAUGGGAACGAAUGAGCUACGGUGGAGCACCGAAAAUCACCGACAUGAGCAAAUAUGAGCAGGCAAAACGAUGGCAAAAUACCUAUCAAAUGGUCCUGGCAACGGAUGAAAUACGUACGUACUGUAUGUUUAACUAUGCGAAUAUCAAUUGGACGUCCUCAUCGCAAAGUGGAGCGCUAACACGUGGAAGAGGUGGAAAGCAAAGCGCAUUGGUCGGAUUCAACGGAGGUAAUGGGACCGGGUUCUAUCAACUCCCGUUCUCUUCCGAAGGAAACUCGUACAAACUCGUACAAUAUGGAUCAACUCAAGUGGCUGGACGGUGGAUGGCACGAAUAGACGAACAAAUACAGUAUGGAGGUUGUACGAAUGACAGUAGAGGAUCAAUUGAACUUUCACAACAGUACGGUAAUAUGUUAGGCGGAUUCGCAUUGAACGUCACUGGUCCAUGCCUACGUCCAAGCGAUGUAAUUAAGAUGCAAUUCGAUGAAAUUACUCUGGAUUGUGAAAGGAUGGAUAUGGUAAUGGCGAGAUGUGUGAUACCGACAAAUAGCGUCUUUAAAAUUGGUCUCGUCGAUGUGAAAUUAUCGGUGGAUGCAGGGAAAAAUUAUCCAUGGUGGACAAAAUUCUACAUAAUUCAACCCGGUUUGGCACGACGAAGGGUGAACCUGAUAAACGAUCCGAGAGAGCAACUGAAUAACUGGAAUUUUUAUGAUCCUCAGAACCUUACACUUUCUUGGGAAUGGGAGAAUAUCACGGCAAACACGAACACUGCAGUUGACAUCGCUCUAUGGGGUUAUUGGGAGGACACUGAAGGUCAUUCAUUCAAGCAGAUUGGAUACAUUGCGAAGAGACAUCCGAAUAAUGGGAUACUGUCAUUUUCGCCCCGUAACCUGGAGGUGGAUCUCGAAGGCGACGUGGAUGCUUGGCGCUUUUACCACGGUGGUGUUAUCCAGGUUCGAGCUGCCGACACAUGGUUGGAGGACAGAGGAGAUAGAAUGCAUUGGUCAAUGCCGAUUCCCUUCGGAUGGUUCUUCUACAAAAAAUGGGAGUAUGAGUACGGUAGGGAUUGGGCGUUACAGAUAUGUCAACACUGGUUCGAUUACGAUGGAAGAAGAGAGAAUUUUGUAAUGGAACUUGAGCCUAAAAUACCCUGUCCAUGUACGUUAGAUCAAGCUCUACUGGAUAUCGGUCGUUUCACUGCUCUACCCGAUUGUGAUGCGUUCGGGGAUCAUCGAUGUCAUUACACGCAGGGAGCUCAACAUUGUGUUCUUUCUGCGGCUAGCGUCGAUGAUUUCGAAUAUAACGAUCAAUAUUUACGAUUUUAUUCUGCUGGAGUACCGUACCGAGCUCAUCCAUUCGGAUCAUUUCCCUAUAAACGUCCUCCUUAUGUGCCGACGAUGUCGAACUUCUAUAAUGACCUUUUGCCCUACGAUAUAUGUUGCAAAUGGGCAGGACAUUGUGAAUUUUAUUUUUGGCGUCGACAGACGAGCACCUGUCAGGAGUACAAGCCACCUACUAUCGGAUUCGUGUACGGUGAGAACCACUUCGUCACCUACGAUGGGACAAGAUAUUCGUUUCAUGGGAAAGGUUUCUACAUUCUGUCAAUGAUGAAGUCACCACGACAUGAUUUUAUGCUUCAAGCCCGAUUCGAACAACCACCAGAAACCCUCUGGGAAGAACGUGUUCGAUCCACCGUGAUGACUGGAUUGGCGGUAAGGGAUAAUCAGUCCUCUGUAGUUCAGAUUUUCACCUCCAGCCAAGAUUUCCCUCUGAAAUGUGAUAAAAUAGAGCAGUGCUGUGUAUUUGCACGAAAGGAUCAUAGAAGAUGGAGAUAUCGUACAGACGUCUAUGUGGACGGUGAACGAAUAUUUUUCGACAUGCCAUGGAAGAAAAUUCAAACGUUUAGUGGUGUUACAAUUCGUUCGCCACCAAGAAAUAUGAACCAAUCCGAAUUGGAGAUUAUGUUCGCAUCCGGUGCUGGUCUACGGAUUGAGGAAAGUCGAGGUCUCCUGAAUGUUGUCGUCGCUCUUCCUCAUACUUUCAAUGAAAGUAGCUGGCGCAGCUGGGAGGAAACAAAAAGUGAGCCAUUUUUCUGGGAGACAACCACGCAGACACCAAUUUUCUCUCGUUUCGAUAAAUGUUCAACAUAUUAUCGGACUGUUGGAUUGCUUGGCACAUACAAUGGUGAUCCUUUUGACGAUCUCACCACUCCGGAUUGUAUGGAAAUUCGAACGAAUUAUCCACAAUCUGAGCCCGAUGCUAGGAAUAUCUACUAUGAGUUUGGUGAGAAAUGGCGCCUGGAUCGAAAUCUCCAUAUUCCCUCUUUGUUUCAGCCCGAAUACAAGCCAAUUUACGAUCCUUUAAGUUUUGCGGAUGAGCGAUAUAUUCCAUUAUUUGAUCCAUGGCAUCAUUCUAACUACAGCAGUUGGUCCGGGCUUAUUUUUAGUCGAGAAGAAGUGAAGGUUCUCUGUCAAGGAGUACCCGCUUGUGAGUACGAUUUUAUGUCCAGUGGUCGACGUGAAGAUGCACUGGAUACGUUGGAAUAUGAGAGAAAAUUCGAGCUGAAAAAGCAGAAAGGAGAAAUAAGAGUGCAAUCCUGUGGACCGCUUGUGAAAAGCAAAGGAGUUCUAAAGUACCCCUCAGGAAACAAUUAUCUUCACGGGAUUACCGUUACAUUUUCAUGUAAACCGGAGUAUUUUUUGCAUGGAGAGCAGCAACGGACUUGUAUGAAUGGUACUUGGACUCCUGGUUGGUGGCCAUGGUGUAGAGAACGAACUGAGGAAACUGCGCUCAAAUGGAUGACAGGGAUCCUAUCAUCCGUAGCAAUUCUCCUGGCUAUUGUAACAGUUUUUGUAUGGUGUAUGAUGGAGGGACGAAGAAGACAGAGAGAUUUUAUUCGAGGCCGUAAAAUGCCAAACUCAGCGUGGACUAGCGUCGGGAGUAAUGUCUCGCUUAAUCCGACAAAGCUGUACGCGACAAACUCCAAGGAUUUCCUGAAAAAUGAUUUGUCUCCAAUUCAACAACCACCUCUUCACCUCGAGUCCCCUUUCCGUCAAUCACCACCGAUAGGAACUGGAGGCAGCGCUCAGUCCACAUGUGUUUGA